AAGGGAAAAGAGAGAACACUUCCACUUUUAUGUGGAGCUACACACUGUCGUCUCAAGCGUCGACUUCCUCUUCUGCAGAGAUCGACGAAUGCGUCAUCGUUUCCGCCAUUUUCACCCCCUCUUCUUACUCGUCCCCACAUCCUCCUUUUGAUCUUCAAUCACUCGCUGUUUCGACGGUUCUUCUAAUCCAUUCCACCUUCUCUGAAUCUGCACGGUCCAGAUUACCUUCCUUUUCAAGCUCUUUCUCCUGUGUACGCCUUUUCUACUUGCUUUUCUUAUCCGCAUAUACCAGGUUUUGGAUUCAACCCUCCAUGGCUGCAUCCUCUGUUGUUUCUCCACUCUGCUCUGGACUUUUGUCCGCUUGCAUGUCUGUCAACUGCGGAAGAAAUCAUUCCUUUGAUUCCUCCAUGUUUUCUUCUUCUAAGAUUAUCGAAAAAUGUGCUGGAAGACGGAAGUUUAAAUCAAAAUGCAGCAGUAGAAGCUCUCAAAGUCACGGGACAGAAAUUUUGUCGUCCUGUGGAUCCAGGAUGAUGCAGGGACUUACGAGCUCCUGCAUUCUGUUCAAGCCACAAAGUAGAAAUUGGAAUUGCCUGCCAAAACGCAGGGCUGCUCAUUCGGGCGAGGCCAUGUCCAUAGCUGUACAACCUGCUGAAGAAAUAACAGUAAAAAAGAAACAUGGUACCAGGCAAAGGCGAAUAGUUGUCACUGGAAUGGGUGUGGUGACUCCACUGGGUCACGAUGCAGAUCUCUUCUAUAGUAGUUUGCUCGAGGGUAUCAGUGGCAUAACAGAGAUCGAGUCAUUUGAUUGUGACCAAUUUCCCACGAGAAUUGCUGGAGAGAUAAAGAGCUUCUCAACUGAUGGAUGGGUUGCUCCAAAACUUUCUAAGAAGAUGGAUAAGUUCAUGCUUUACUUGCUUACUGCCGGCAAGAAAGCCCUUGCGGAUGGAGGAAUUACAGAAGAUGUAAUGGAUGAGUUAAAUAAAGCUAAAUGUGGAGUGUUGAUCGGUUCAGCAAUGGGUGGCAUGAAGGUUUUUUAUGAUGCAAUAGAGGCUUUACGGAUUUCAUACAGGAAGAUGAAUCCUUUCUGUGUACCCUUUGCAACAACGAAUAUGGGUUCUGCCAUGCUUGCAGCGGACUUGGGGUGGAUGGGUCCAAACUAUUCCAUUUCCACAGCCUGUGCUACAAGCAAUUUUUGCAUAUUGAAUGCAGCAGAUCAUAUAAGUAGAGGUGAUGCUGAUGUAAUGCUUUGUGGUGGUUCAGAUGCAGCAGUUAUACCCAUAGGCUUGGGAGGCUUUGUUGCUUGUAGAGCACUUUCACAGAGAAACAGUGACCCUACUAAAGCUUCACGCCCUUGGGACAUUAGUAGAGAUGGAUUUGUGAUGGGCGAAGGUGCUGGAGUAUUGCUUUUAGAAGAGCUAGAGCAUGCGAAGAAAAGAGGCGCAGAAAUAUAUGCAGAAUUUCUUGGUGGAAGUUUAACUUGCGAUGCUUACCACAUGACAGAACCACGUCCUGAUGGGGCUGGUGUCAUUCUUUGCAUAGAAAAGGCGUUGGCCCAGUCAGGAGUAUCAAGGGAAGACGUUAAUUAUAUAAAUGCACAUGCCACAUCAACACCUGCUGGAGACCUCAAAGAGUAUCAAGCUCUUCUUCAUUGUUUUGGCAAUAACCCUGAGCUGAAGGUGAACUCCACAAAAUCUAUGAUCGGCCACCUACUUGGAGCUGCAGGUGCAGUGGAAGCUGUUGCAGUGAUACAGGCUAUUCGGACAGGAUGGGUACAUCCAAAUAUCAAUCUUGAAAACCCAGAUGAAGGCGUGGACAUGAAUGUGCUAGUGGGUCCGAAGAAAGAGAGAUUCGACAUCAAGGCAGCGUUGUCUAAUUCAUUCGGAUUUGGGGGCCAUAAUUCAUCGAUCAUAUUUACUCCAUACAAGUAAGAAAAUGGUUAGAAAUCAGGUUGGGAAGCAUAAGCAGUAGAAUGCAAUGCAAGUUUUGGCAAGUUUUAUCAAUUCUGGGUUGGAAUAAGCAUAGAUGGCAUUUUCUCUAUUAUAUCAUUUGUUCCCCUGGAUGUUGAUUACAUUCUGCUACUUCCAACUACAAUUCUUGUUUGUUUGAGAUGUUUUUAUUACAAUAAAAUUGAGACCUCGUAUUUCUGUUGACAUUUUGAUGGGGAAAUAUAA